AGCAAAAUCUAAAUCCAUACAGUAGUUUGGAAUUAUAUUCUCCCAAAACGAGAUUCAGACAAGACAUGAGGUAGGCAUUUCUCCACACUGGUUAAUCAAUCCCGCAAACAGGAAUGUGGAAUGUCCAGAGUUGUUUGAACAUUUAGAAUGUGGAAUGUCCAGAGUUGUUUGAACAUUUAAACCCCCAUGUGACGCUCCAGCACAGACUGAACCCAGCUCAUUUAUCGUGACACUUUAGAAGCUCUGAAGCUCAACAAGUAAACGCUGGAUUAACAGUUUCUCUAAUGAAAUUCUCCCAAGGGAUUCAGACAUCGUUGUCAAUUCCAUUAAGUGUAAUUUCUCCAUACUGGUAACUCAGCUCUGCAAACAGGGUUUGUUAAAUCCAGAGUUGUUUGAAGCAUAUCUCAAGCUGGAGACAAAUAGAGAGUCUGUUGGAUUGGACGGUCAGGCCGAGACAUGACGGACAUGGGACUGCUGCUGUGGUGGCUGGCUGCGACUCUGUGGCUCUGUCUUCCCUCGCUCUCACAAUGCAACCCACUCUAUGUGAUGACGGCUCCUAACCUCCUGAGGGUGGGUGGCCCAGAGAGGGUGUUUGUGGAGGCCCAGGACUACGCUGGCGAUGCCUUUGAUGUCACGCUCACUGUGAAAGACUACCCACGCAAGACCACAGAGCUUGUCCGCGAGACUGUCCAUCUCUGUCAAGAUAAUAACAAUCAAGAAUUGGCAGAAAUUACAAUCCCAUUUGGAAAUGAUGUGUUUGUGGAGGACGAGUCCCUGAACCAGUAUGUCUACCUGCAGGCCCAGUUUCCAGGUCACCUGCUGGAGAAAGUGGUGCUGGUCUCAUUCCAGUCUGGAUACAUCUUUGUGCAGACAGACAAGACCAUAUACACACCUUCAAGCACAGUUCUGUACAGAAUCUACACCCUGAGUCUUUCUCUGAAGCCCUCAGAACAGCAAAUUACAAUGAAUGUUAUGAAUCCGGAGGGAAUUGUGGUAGAUCAGGAGGCGUUAACCCCACAAAAAGGCAUUUGCUCGGGAGCGUACAAAAUUCCUGACUUCGCCAGCACUGGGACAUGGACAAUUGUAACAGGAUUUAGGGGCACAACCAAAAGCAACUCUUAUGAAUUUGAGGUGAAGCACUAUGUUCUACCCCGAAUUGAGGUAACGCUGACACCACAAAAGCCCUACUUUUACAUCGAUGAUGAGGCACUAAUAGUGAAUAUCAGUGCCAGGUACUUGAAUAGGAUGGAGGUGACGGGAGUUGGGUUUGUGGUGUUUGCGGUACAGGGUGCAGAGUCAGAUACAAGGAAGGUGGGCUCAACACAGAGAGUAGAGAUUGAUGAGGGGAGAGGACACGCAGUGCUGAGGAGGCAGCACCUGCAGCAGAUGAUCCCCAACACCACUGACCUCCUCCAGCUGACUGGGGCCUCAUUAUAUGUGCAGGUCACUGUGCUGACCCACACAGGCCACGAAAUGGCGGAGGCCAACAUAGGUGGCAUUCGGGUAGUCAGCUCUCCGUACGUUAUUCACUUCAAAAGGACCCCCAAGUACUUCAAGCCAGGAAUGCCAUUCACAUGUCUGAUUUCCGUGGACAAUCCUGACGGUUCACCAGCAGGGGGCGUCCAAGUGGAGAUCAGAGAUCACAGGAAGUCAGCAGCCAUCAGUGGCAUCACAGAGCGCAAUGGCCUGGUGAAGCUAACAGUAAAUACCGACACAAAAGACUCUGUGCUCCUACUUAGCGCAUCUACCAAGGCCCCUGGUCUCAAAGAUGCUCAACAGGCUAGAGCGGACAUGAGAGCAUUACCGUAUGUGUCCAAGGGAGGUUCCAAGAAUUAUCUGCACAUUGGUGUGGAUGCUGCAGAGCUGACCAUCGGCGAUCAGCUCAAGGUCAACCUGUUCGUGGGAGGAAGUCCUAGAGCCCAGAAUAAUGACUUCACGUACCUAAUCUUGAGCAAAGGACAGCUGGUGAGUGCCGGCAAGAGGCAAGGCCAGGAGGUAAUAUCCUCGUCCUUACCAGUGACCAAGGACAUGGUCCCCUCCUUCCGUAUCGUGGCGUACUACCAUGUGGGCUCAUCUGAGGUGGUGUCUGACUCAGUAUGGGUGGACGUGGAAGACCCCUGCAUGGGAAAAGUGAAAGUAGAGGCAUCCCAGCAAACAUACUCCCCUCGUCAGCACUUCAGCCUGAAGAUCACCGGAGACCCAGGGGCCAGAGUGGGUCUGGUGGCUGUGGAUAAGGGAGUCUACGCCCUCAAUAACAAGCACAGACUCACCCAGACCAAGAUUUGGGACAUUGUUGAAAGUCAUGACACUGGGUGCACUGCUGGCAGUGGUAAAGACAGCAUGGAGGUUUUCUAUGAUGCGGGACUGGUGUUUGAGACCAGCACUGCAGGAGGAACUUCCCCAAGGACAAGUACUCACUGUCCCGCACAUGUAAGAAGACAACGUUCACUAAAAGGUGAAUUAGAUGGUGUUUUUGAGGAUGUAGUGGUCUCGCGUUCACAUUUUCAAGAGAGCUUUCUUUGGCACGAUGCACAGCUUGCUACAUGCAGAGAUAGUGACAAAGAUUGUACCAGUGUGUCCCUCAGUCAGCUGGGCUUUGUGGCCGAUGCCAUCACUAGCUGGGCCAUCACAGCUAUCAGCCUUUCUGAAGCAACGGGUAUUUGUGUAGCUACUGCCCUGGACAUAGGCAGUACUAAGCAUUUUUCGUUGGACUUGAAAGUACCUCACUACUCCAAAUGCAAUGAGCAGCUGGAGAUUGUAGCCAUUCUGGACAACUUGGAAGACAGGGACAUAAAGGUACACUUGAAGUUAGUUGAGACAAGACGGAUGUGCAGCUUGGCUACAGACAGGGGUGGGUACCACACCACAGUGGAGCUGAAGGCCCGGAGCACCCGGGCGGUGCCCUUUGUCAUCGUCCCCAUGGAGACGGGAGAGCAAACCGUUGAGGUGAUGGCCGUGUCAGAUAAUGUCGGGUACACUGACGGUGUAAGAAGAAACAUCAACGUCCUGCCAGCUGGUGUUCUGAGGAAGAAAGUUGUGAACAUGGACCUGAAUCCCUUCAAUUCUGGAGGGUUCUUUAUGUCUGUGAUUGGACCGGAACUGACAGCUGCUAGUGAUAAGAUACCAAAUAUGCCUGUUCAUCAUCUGAUAACUGCACAAGCCCACCACCUGGCGCCCCCUAUGGUCCUCAGUGGGGAGUCUCUCGCCCCUCUCCUGCGACAGACUGGUUUUGGCAGAGGGGAGCAGGACCUGGUUGGCCUGGCGAUGCCCCUCAGCGCCACCUACUACCUGGACCGAACCCAGCAAUGGCUGGAGGGGAGGGCAGAGGCAGUGAGAGCCAUUCAACAAGGAUACCAGAAUCUGCUCUCAUACCGAAAACUGGAUGGGUCGUACAGUGUUUAUGAAACCACACACAGCAGCACUUGGCUGACUGCUUAUGUGGCUAAAAUAUUCUCCAUGGCAAGUGGCAUUGCCAACAUUGAUGGGAACAUGAUCUGCAGUGCCCUCUUGUGGCUCGCUGCAAAUAUGCAGAAUCCAGAUGGAAGCUUCAGAGAGCCCUCUCCUGUCCCAUAUACAGUUUCUAGCAUCGGCAAUGUGUACGGCAGAGACAGGGAUGCCUCUAUCACUGCCUUCGUGCUGAUUGCCAUGCAGGAGAGCCCCACAGCUCUCUGUACUGAGAAGAGAAUUUCCAACAGUAUAGUGAGAGCAACGCACUACCUGAGCCUUAGGAUCCAUACUCUGACCAAUCCCUAUGCGGUUGCCAUGGUGUCCUAUGCCCUCGCUGGUAUCCUGAGGCAAGAUGUCCUCCGGAGGCAGGCCUUAGUAGGUGCUUUUAAUUGGCCAGUCCCCGGCAACCACCUCUUCACUCUAGAGGCCACAGCCUACGCCCUGUUGGCCCUGGUGAAGGCCAAUGAGUUUGAGAAGGCAGCACCCAUCGUGAAAUGGCUGAAUGAACAGCAGAAACCUGGGGGAGGCUACGGAUCCACACAGGCCACCCUCAUGGUGUACCAGGCUCUGGCGGAGUACACUGCCCAGGGCAGGCAGCAGCAGACGGACACCUUACUGGAGGUCACCCUCAACAUGGCGGACCGGACAAAACCUCUCACCUGGACCUUCACACGGGCACGCGCUCUCAGGCGACACUCUGUCAAGCUUACACUGGACAAAAACAUGACAGUAACUGCCAGAGGAAAUGGACGAGGGUCUCUUUCAGUGAUAACGAUGUACUAUUCUAUGCCGAGUGGUCAGGAAGGACCAUGCCAUAAAUUUAAGCUGAAUCUGUCCUUCCAGGAAUUACCUCAAGGUUCCCAUGAAGAGGCAUCAGAAAACUAUUUACUCACAAUUGACAUCUCGUACCAGUCCAACGACAGUGGUUCCACCACAGCUAUCUUGAAUAUUGGGAUUCUGACAGGAUAUGUUAUACAUGCAGAGGAUCUGAAGAAGUUGGCCACAGGUAAGACAUGGGAGAUGGAUGAGAGGUCCCGUUCACAGGGCAACAUUGUCAUUUAUCUAAACAAGAUCACUGAUCAGAGGCCGGAGCGGAUUGCUUUUCGACUGCGCAGAGUGGUAAACGUGGGUCUGUUGCAACCGGCUGGGGUCUCUGUGAAAGAAUACAACUCACAUGAGGAGUGUCUGAAGUUCUACCAUCCGGAGAAGACAAAUGGCUCCCUCGGCUUGAUCUGCCAGCAGCAUAUCUGCAAGUGUGCUGCAGAGAGCUGUGGUGUGCAGAUGAAGCAGGUGGCAGAGGAUUUGUCCCGGCAUGAAGUGGCCUGCAGGCUAUUCAGGGAUUACGUUUACAAAGUCACUGUGGAGGCAGUUCACCUGUCCAGCUGGAUCGACACCUAUCACUUGAGAGUGAAACUGGUGGUCAAACCGGGCACAGAUGACAUUGCGGAGGAGGACAUUCGCCAGUUUCUGUCUCUCCCUCAGUGUAGAGAGGGGCUGGAUCUGACCGAAGGCAAAACAUACCUGUUCAUUGGCCGUUUGCCUGACCUCAUGAAAGUUAAUGAAAGGUACCAGUAUGUGCUGAGCAAACACACCUGGAUUGAGUACUGGCCUACAGACAGUGAGGGAGAAACCCCCGAGUACAAGUCUAAGUAUAUGGCCAUUCAGCAGUUUGCUAAUGAACUCAGACAUAUUGGAUGCCAGUUGUGACAAUUUUAUAUAUAAACCAUAUAAUGAAAAGUUGUCUAAA